UGAAGUGACGCCAUGGCGCCGGUUGUCUAGCGUGUUUUCAUCGUUCUUUCUAGUUGCUCAUCGACUUGCAGUUGCCGACUGAACGCACCGCCGAUUAUUCGAAGCUUCAGGCCACUGCCAUCAUGGCCGCGAGCCCCAAGCGCGUCCGGCCGUCGGAUGCCAAGAAAGAUCGAAGCCGCGAACGCACGAAGAAGAGCAGAACGGAAUCCACAAGCAGCUCGCGUUCAAGUAGCGCUGCCAGCAGCAGCGGCAGUAGCUCAAGUGGAAGCAGCUCCAGCGGAAGCAGCUCCAGUGGAUCGUCCCGCUCAUCGUCGUCAUCAUCUUCAUCCUCGUCCCGCUCCACAUCUGUCUCGCCGAGGAGGCGCCGGAACCGCGUUUCCCGGCCUGCAAAGCCGGCCUCCUCUUCUGCACCCACGUCGGCUAGCGGAGCCCGCGGAGGUGGAGGCGAUGCCGGCAGUAGGACCAACGCCACCAGUUCAAGCAGCAGCCGGCGCAAGCGGACCCCUACGCCACCCCGGCCGUGCAAGAUUCACGUGGGUCGACUGACGCGUAACGUCACCCGUGACCACCUGCUGGAGAUAUUCGGAUGCUACGGUGCGGUGAAAAGUGUCGAGCUCCCGCCAGACCGUACCCACAGCCACCUCUCGCGUGGCUUUGCCUACAUCGAGUUUGAGAACCCCGCCGAUGCCGAGAAGGCCAUGCGUCACAUGGAUGGAGGUCAGAUUGACGGCCAGGAGGUAACAGCAGCAUCAGUCCUGCUGCCCCGACCUGUGCCUCCGCGACGGCCCAGCCCGCCCAUGCCCCCAAGACGACCCCCCGCACCGCCUCCUCAUUGGCGAAGGUCACCUCCACCAAGGUCACGUCCACGGAGGUCGCCUCCGCCCAGGGGACGUUCGGGCCGAAGUCCCCCGCCAAGCCGACACCGCUCUCCGAGACCGUCUCGCCGUUCGCGGUCCCCUGUCGGCACGGGCGGAGGACCCAGGCGCCACGCACGAUCCAGCUCCAGCUCCUCACGUUGACCAUCGCACCCGCCUCAUCAAAAAACCCCCGAUACACCGGCACCAUGUGCCAUCAGUCUCACUGCAUGCUCGGCACGUUUGGUGCUUCCUAAAAACACAGCUCAACAUGCCUGUCUAGGACACGCAAUCGGUGCAUUUCGUACUGCACGGGUGAUGUCUACAUCUAAUCGCGCAUCACGCGUAGCUGCGCAUGUGGAAAUUCGGACCACCUCGAAGCACGUGUUGUCAGUAGAUGCCAUUCGUGCAAACUAAAAUGUACUGCUCCGGUGUUCUAGACUAUAGUGUGUUGAGCUGUGCGCAUACUGAACUACUUGUAGUCACCGUUUACAGCUGCCGACAUUGUUAAUUUGUACUGCUCUACAUGUUGUUUUGAGUUCAAUUGUGCUCCCCGUUCUCCAGAUGUUUUUGUUGUACACUAUCCUUUCUCAUCUCAUCAGUGCCAGGGAACUUCACAUUGGGAAUAUUGCAUGUUUGCAGUGGUGCCAAUAAACGAAGUGCCGCAGCAGCGGCUUUUGCGCCUCCCGUGUUUGGGGAGUUUUCCCCUCCUACAAAUACAUAUUCAGAUCAUCGACUCUACGUGUGGAGCUGUUGGGAUAAAUGCAUUAGUGGAAAUGCAGUUUCUAGCUUUUACAAAAGCUAGCGCCAUGUGAACCUCUGCACACUUGAAGUCAUUAAAAGGGUUUCGCCAUCUA